GUGGCAGCUGAAAAUGAUGGUGACGACACCAUAAACUGUAGUCUGGAGGAGCGCUGUUUGUUGUUUGUGUUGUUUGUUGUUUGUGUUUUGCUUUGGCUGUGAUGGGAGGCAAGAUGCUGGUGCUGGUGCUGCUGGUGGUCGCUGCGCUCGCCCUGGCUGUGCACGCGCACCCACUGCGCAAGGACGCCUCGUCCAGUGACGAUUGGGAGUGCGAUCCGUUGGUCCCGGGCGUGUGCGCGUUCCCAUUCCCCAACAACUUCUUCCGCGACUCCGCCACUGGCAAACUCAACAUCACGACAAGGGCCAUCCCCAUGACCCACCUCAACCAGAGCAUCGACCCCCAGAUUGGUGGCUGGACUGACCUCGACGGCUUUUCGCCUAUUCCGAUGAUCAUGGCACAGUUCCCUGACCUCGACAUGUCAUCGUUGCCGCGGUGGUGGAACGUGGAGCGCUCUAUGAGCAGUGACUCGCCGACCGUCCUCAUCAACGCCGAUAACGGCCAGCGAAUCCCUCACUGGUGCGAGCUCGAUCACUCCUCCGACCAGCAGCGCCCACAGGGAUAUGACCGCGCCCUCAUUCUCUGGCCAGCGGAACGCCUCAACAACAGCGCAACUUAUGUUGUCGGAUUCAGGAACCUCAACACCACUCGCGGCGAUCGCAUUGCGGCGAGUCCGGCGUUCGCGUCGCUGCGUGAUGGUUCAUCGUCGCUCAUCCCCUCCGUCAACACCCGCCGUCAACGAUACAACAGCGCCAUCUUCCCCGCACUCGCGCAGCAGGGCUUCCGCCGGUCGUCGCUUGUGCUGGCGUGGGAGUUUACGGUGAUGUCCACGCACACCAUCACCAACCGCCUCGUCACGAUCCGUGACGACGCAUUCAAACGCACGCAGGAUGGCAUUUCGUUUAGCAUUGAACACGUGGAGGAAAAACCCCGUGCAGGCGUUGCGCGCCAGCUGCGAGGCGUCAUGAAGGUUCCAUGGUACCUCAACCAGGAGGCGCCCGGCAUGAGUGUUCGCAUGGCGGUCAAGGACGGCGAUCCCAACACGCCAGUGUACAACGGAGAGGGCGCUGUGCAGUUCCUCGUGAUCGUCCCGGAAUCGCUGGCCAACAACGGAACACGCGGUGCCAUUAUGCAGUACGGGCACGGUUUGUUUGGGUCCAUGUCUGAACUCGAAACAGGCUACCUUGAUGACGAGGCAAACAGGUACGGGUACGUGCUAGCCGCCACCAACUGGCUCGGAAUGUGCUAUGAGGACGAGGUGCCGGUCGCCUCCAUCAUCGCUGAAGACCUUUCAAAUUUCCCGGCAGUCCCAGACCGCUCCCACCAAGGGUAUUUGCAUCACAUCACCCGCGAUCCCCUCCCCAACACGCCGGCGCACACCGUCAUUGGGCACUAUGGUCUUGGUGAUGCGCAGGUGACCUGGCUUGGCAUGCUCACGAUCGGACGCAGUGUGGGCGCACACAUGUACAAGUCCAACGUUCGAGAGGCGAACGAGACGCUGUAUGGGUUUGACUUCAUCUCAGACGACACCACGCUGUCCACUCCUGGCCAGAACCUGGUCCAGGGCUGGGACUUUGGUGCACCCCCAGUCCCGCCCGUCAACAUCCCCGCUGCCAAGAGCACGGAUGCCCACGAGAAGCCACGCCGAACGAUGACGGCACAGGAGCAGACGCACCGCUUCCUCACGCAGGGUGUCAUCUACAACGCCUGCAACGGACCCUGCCAUGGUGAUGGCGGUGGCCUGUAGAUGCACGUGCCAGCAUGCUACUAGCCUCGCUCACACGAUUGCGCGUUGUUUUUCUUCUUUCGUGCAUGCCACUUGUGCCUGUUUUCUUGUUGUUGUUUCGUUUCGCAAAGGGUGGCGGUUGCCGUGUCACAGCCAUCACCCGCCAUCAGGCUGAUGUGAGCUUUAGUGCACGUUGCUUUGGUCACUGCAAAUUCACAGUUGUCGUCAUGUGAGUGCAUGCAUGCGUGUGCACUGUGGUUGUUGCUGUGCCUGACUUUUCUCGUUUACCCUCUGCUUUGUGUUACAUUACGCUACGCCACAGCAAAUCAAACCAACGAAGCGGUGG